UCCAUUCCUGCCACUGAUGCACGCUUGAUUCCGUAUGCACUCUCGUGUGGUCUGAAACUUGGAGCAUCCCACGAAGUGCACAUCAGUCUUGGUGAAACAUCCAGCGACAAUAAAUAAUACAGUCUAGGCUACGAUACAUUAGAGUUGUCUACUCGGUUUGAAUUGGGAUACGGUGAACGGUUACCCAUGAGCCGCGGCAACAGUGCGAACAGUGAAAGGACCAGCGGGAUCUACUACAAGAAUACUUGGACGAAUACUGAAUACAUUUUUUGGAGAAAACGUUGACUAAAUUGUCUCCCAAACGACCAGAACAUGAAGAAAAGUCCUGCGAAUUCAGCUCUAAAGAGGUCGUUUGAGGUGGAGGAUGUGGACACCUCGGCCAACUCCUCGCCAGGCUCCCGCCGGGCGCCCAGCAACCCCAACCACCGCCCUGUCAUGUCCCCCACCAGCAUCUACUACCGUGAACUGGGCGCCAGCAAUAACAACAACGGCUCCAUCUCCAAGACCAUCAUGGGAGGGGGCGGCUCCAAGCCUCCUGAACCCAUAUCCCGGGGACGCACGGAGCUCUCCAUCGACAUUUCCUCCAAGCAGGUGGAUCCAACCAGCCCUGGUUCCCUCCGAUUCGGCACGAAACGACCCGAGAUCCUAGGCCACUCCAAGACGCCCGAGGUGGGCCACAAACGGGAGGUGACCUUCGCUAAAACACCCCAGGAUGUGGUGAUUCGCGGAGGGGCCCGGACCCCUGAGCCCCCCAGCCAUGCCCGGAGGUUCGAGCCCCCCAAUCUGGGGGACGGCCCGGCCGCUAGGACCACACCAGGGAUCAGCGUCACCAAAGCACCCGAGACAACGGGGAAUGGAAAGAACAACCACGAGAACCAUGGUCAUCAUGCACCAGUCCACCACCCGCACCACCCCAACCCCCACCACAACACCAUCGUCACCACCAUCCGCUGCUCCUCGCCCAACCGCACCAAGUCCCCCAACCCUGACAGGUCAGAGGUCAAGCCGAGCCACAGCAACAUGUCCACCCCGCCGCACCCGCAACCCCCUGCCAAGGGAGCGUCACAUGGCGCUGGUGACUUCAGCUACGUGGGCAUCGAUGCCAUCCUGGAGCAGAUGAGGAGGAAGGCCAUGAAACAGGGCUUUGAGCUCAACAUCAUGAUCGUCGGUCAGAGUGGUCUGGGGAAGUCGACCCUGAUGAACACCCUGUUCAAGUCUAAGGUCAGCAGGAAGUCUGUGGUGUCCACCCCCGAGGAGAGGAUCCCCAAGACCAUCGAGAUCAAGUCCAUCAGCCACGACAUUGAAGAGAAGGGCGUGAGGAUGAAGCUAACGGUAAUCGACACUCCUGGCUUUGGGGACCACAUCAACAACGAGAACUGCUGGCAGCCAAUCAUGAAGUUCAUCAAUGACCAGUAUGAGCAGUAUCUGCAGGAGGAGAUCAACAUCAACAGGAAGAAGAGGAUCCCAGAUUCACGGGUUCACUGCUGCAUGUACUUCAUACCACCUACUGGACACUGUCUGAGGCCCCUGGAUGUGGAGUUUAUGAGUCGUCUGAGUAAAGUGGUCAACAUCGUCCCUGUCAUCGCUAAGGCAGACACACUCACCCUGGAGGAGAGGGACUUCUUCAAACAGACGAUCAGGGAAGGACUGCGAGCCAACGGGAUCGACGUCUAUCCUCAGGAAGAGUUUGACGAGGAUUCUGAUGACAGGAUGAUCAAUGAUAAGAUCAGGGAGAUGAUCCCAUUUGCUGUGGUGGGGAGCAACCAGGAGUACCAGGUCAAUGGAAAGAGGCUUCUGGGCAGAAAAACUAAGUGGGGAACCAUAGAAGUUGAGAACAUUGCGCACUGUGAGUUUGCCCACCUGCGAGACCUUCUCAUCAGGACCCACAUGCAGAACAUCAAGGACAUCACCAGUAGCAUCCACUACGAGGUGUACCGUGUCCGCAGGCUAAACGAGACUGGCGCCCAGCCCAACGGCCAGCCACCCAACACACUGGUCAACCCACAGCCACAGCAGGCCAACGGGGUGGCAGCACAGCACCAAGUCCUGACCAUGAGAUGAGAUGUGAGACAUCUGA